CAUCCAUUCAGCUAUUUAACAUGUAAAGAGCCUCGUUCGGUUUUGCCUGGCAUCAAUCACAGUUUCCUCUUCUUUCAAACAGAAAUAGGCUGAUUUAGCUUUACACAUAUUUUACACCACAGCUCGAUCCCACAAUGGCGAAACUUGACCAAGUCCGCGCCUCCAAUGCCGCUAUCAACUCUCAGAGACCCGAGCUGGUGGCUGUCUUUGUAGGCGCGACCAGCGGCAUCGGUGAAGGGACAGCCAAGGAGCUCGCCAACACGGUCAAGAAACCCACUAUUCAUCUCAUCGGACGUAACGAAGCCACCGGAUCCAAAAUUUUGGAUGAAUUGAAGGCCGCGAAUCCCGAGGGUUCUUUCCAUUUCAUCAAAUCCGACGUGUCGUUACUCAAGAACGUUGACAAGGCUUGCGCCGAGAUCAAGGAGAAGGAGGAGUCAAUUGACCUGUUGUUCAUGAGUACGGGCUAUAUGGGCUUUUCUAAGAAUGGUACAUCCUUCUUCCAUUUCCACCCUUAGGUACCUCGCCGUGCUAACGAAAAUCAACCUUAAAGAUACAUCCGAAGGCCUCGAAAACAACCACGCUCUCCGCUUCUACUCGCGUAUGCGCUUCAUCUAUAACCUGCUUCCUCUCCUCCGCGCCUCGAAGGGUCCCGCCCGCGUGAUCUCCGUCCUCGGCGGCGGGCAAGAAGGCACCAUUUCGGAAGACAACCUCGAUUUGCAAAAGAAAUGGACGUUCCUGAAUUCUCUCACCUACGCGUCGACUAUGAACUCGCUAGCUGUCGAGCACCUUGCUGCCCAGAACCCCUCCAUUAGCUUCAUCCACAUGUUUCCCGGUGUCGUGCGCACGCCGCUGAUGAGCAGCACAUUUGGGAACCUGGCUGGCUCGAUUAUGGGGUUCUUGUCGGCGCCGAUCUCGAUGACGCCUCAGGAGAGUGGGCAGCGAAAUCUCUAUAUGGCGACGUCGGCCGCAUAUCCGGCAGCGAAGACGGAGGGUCAGACGAGCACUGGUGUGCCUCUUGUCGGUGGAGUGGGUGUGUCCAAGGGGUCGACAGGCAGCGUUGGCGGAGGCUCGUACAUUUUGAACUAUGAUGGCAGCGAUGCUACGAAUCGGAAGGUCAUGGACGGGUAUCGCGAGAAGCAGUUCCCGGCGAAGAUUUGGGAACAUACGUUGGCGACGUUCGCGAAGGCGUUGGAUCCGGCUCAUUAAAUUUUCCUAUGUUUCUUUCGAGGUGCUCGCAAGUAUAUCCUUAUCUAAUCACCAAAAUAUAACUAACUAGAAAUACUAAUUAUAUUGAAAUGACGUCAUGUUGGGCUACUCAAUUUCGAUAUGUGUACCUGGAUUUUCAGGCACCAGAGUCUU